AGUAAAAUCUGUACGCGAAGAAGAACUCGUUUCUGGAACGCGCAUGCGCAGAAGACACUGAAUCCGACUCAAGUCCUCAUGUAGCAGCAGACAGCUGGAUAAAAGCGCAGUUUGCAGGAAAAAUGGCAGUGGAGAAGCGCUUGGCAUUUUCUAUCGUGCAGUUCCUGCGAGAUCAAGCGCAUUGUGGCGCUUUGAAUUCUGAUGAGCAGGAGAGCCUUGAAGUUGCUAUACAGUGUUUGGAGACCACCUUUAAGAUCAGCGCCAGCGACUGCCACCUAGCUGUUCCACAGCCUCUGACGGAAAUAUUCCUCAAUUCUUUACUAAAGAAUGACAACCUGACCAUACCAGAGACAUCCCCUUCUCCAGAGGACAUCGAAAGAGCCGAGCAACUCAAGAAUGAAGGAAACAAUCACAUGAAGGAGGAGAACUACAGAUGUGCUGUGGAGUGCUACUCGAAGGCCAUUGACCUUGACCUGCGAAAUGCUGUGUACUACUGCAACAGGGCUGCAGCUCACAGUAAACUGGGAAACUAUACGGAGGCGACUGGUGACUGUGAGAGAGCCAUUGGGAUUGAUCCGAGUUACAGCAAAGCCUAUGGAAGGAUGGGGUUGGCGUUAACCGCCAUGAACAAGUAUCCAGAGGCAAUUUCCUACUUCAAGAAAGCUUUGGUGUUAGAUCCCGACAACGAUACCUACAAGUCCAACCUGAAGAUCGCAGAGCAGAAGCAGAAAGAAGCAACCAGCCCAAUUGCUGCUGGACUGGGAUUUGACAUGGCCAGUUUAAUCAACAAUCCUGCCUUCAUCAGCAUGGCUGCAAGUGUGAUGCAGAACCAACAAGUGCAGCAGCUCAUGUCAGGGAUGAUGUCGAAUGCAGUCGGGGGUCCGGCGGCAGGUGUGGGCGGGCUGUCAGACAUUUCCAGUUUGAUUGAAGCAGGUCAACAGUUUGCCCAGCAGAUCCAGCAGCAGAACCCCGAGCUGAUCGAGCAGUUACGGAACCACAUUCGGAGCCGCUCCUUCAGCGGCAGCGCCGAGGAGCACUCAUGAUCCCAGUUAGGGCAAUGAUUUGGUGCGAUUACAAUCUACACCCAUUUCUUCAAAGUCAAAUCCCCGGCACAGUUGGAACGAAGCGACAAGGACGUGGGGUCAAAGGCACUUUACUGUGACUGGGGUUUCCAGAGAGAAGAGAACCGUGAAAUCAGCAUCCAACACAUCGAAAGCAACUGACCCAAAAAUACAAAAACAAAAACAAAAGACCCAAGAGCACGUUCGGUCUGCGGACAGAAGACCAGUAAAUUCUUUGUCCAUUCUGCAGAGCGUGUUUCAUCAGUACUGCCAUCUUCAUGAGCUAAAGGUUCUUCUGUCUCUUCAUAAGUAGUUAGGACGAAUGUACGUUCAAAGCAUUGCAGGGAAAACUUCAGCUUUUUUCUCAUAGGAUGUCAGCUUUGCCAUGUUUGCAUUCUGUUUAUUUUUGUAGGGAAUGAAAGGCUUAUUAUACAAUCAUGUUACUACAAUUAUUAAAAAGUAAUUGUAUAGCAGUGAUUACAGUCGGCAUUAUGUCAUGAUUGCACUUCAGCAAAUGUAAAUACAAACCCCCCCAACCCCCGCUUAUUAAACGAUUCAUGGACUGGUGGCAAAAUACUGAGAUUGUUCAUACUGCAUGCUGUAAAAUCUGAUGUUUUAGGUCAGAGGCUUUAUUAAAACCAACUAUGGUAAUAUGCUUGGGCAGCACAAUGUUUUGUCUAAAAUAUAUCAAUAAAUGUCGCAUGCAAUUU